ACUUUGUUACAGCGGAGCGACCGGGGAGAGAGAGAGAGAGCGGACGGGCUUAAUCUGACGGAAAAGUGUGAACAGUUGGGAGGAAACGGCACGACGAAACGCCUGUUGCUGAAAUUUAACGGUGCCGGGUAUCUUAUGAACUUGUCAGUGGAUUUAAACGGUACGCGUUGUCCGAGAAAAGCGGUGUUUUCUCAAAGUUGAGCCGAAGAGGAGUUCAGGAUGUCGGACUGAGACAAAGGGGUCUGGGGGGCAUUCCCGUCGGAGCGGUGAGUGGCACAUGUUAUACCCACCGAGAUGAAAAGUUCACCUGGUAGUUGAAUAUACGAACAGUCUAUUUUUCUAGCGAUGUUUAACCGUAUCACUAUGUUUUGUACUGUUUUCUCGUUUUGUUUUUCACGAGGCUGCUGUUGGUUUGCUCGGUGGGCAGUCAACUUGUGUAGCCUCACCGUCUCGUGGUGUGGACGUUUUACACAGAUAACUUAAGUGUGGGAUUUUUGUUAUUCAUUUCGUAUUUGUUGGGAGCAACUACGCCAAAACUGCUAUAUCUAAGAAGAGAUGUGCUUUAAUUCAUUCAGACGACAGCGUGGCCGGGCGGCUGUUAAUGUGAGCCAUUUAAAUUCCCGAGCAGAGAAAAUGGCCUGUCCAGGGAAAGAGCUCAGAGGGAUUAGCUAGGUGUUAGAACUUAAUCAAAACCACUGUAUUUCCCAAUAGACAAAGCCUUAUUGUAGAUCCCUCAUUAGCUCACUACAGCUUUAAUCUUCAUAUCCAUUUGAUUAAUAUCGAUGAAGAAUAAGUUUGAGUCCCUCUCUUUUGCAUGGGAUGGUUUCCUCCUACUCUCCUGCUCAGGGUACCUCUGUUUGAGCUCUGUUUGAUCCUGGUCCCAUUUGUCUCAACAGGUAAAACUUGUUUCUGGAAGUCUCCUCUGGAUGGGAAAGAUGGAGAGGGAGUUGCAAUGGUGGAAGGGACAGCUAGCUGCAGACAUCCAUCAAUCCCUCCGCAUCAAGGUGAGUCUGACCGGACUAAAUAGUACCAAAUUUAUGAAAUUGUACAGUCAGGGGUUUCCAGAUUUUUAGUCACCCAGUAACUUUGAACCAGAAAUAUUUUGCCUUUUUAAAACCACCCAUCUAAUUAAUUCCAGUUUUCAUAGUUUUUUCAGGGCUACUCUAAGUUUAACUUACUCUGAGAGAGUCAGGGUGUUUUUCUGAAAAGCAGUUAUAUCACUUUUCAUUAGGGGCAAACAUCCUUUAGUUUUGCAGUGUGGGAAAGAGAAAGACGGCAUUCGAAAAGGUCACCUCACUCUGGACAGGCAGCGGAGCUCCUUCUCCAACAGACUGUUGCAGCUCUGCUGUCGAAGGGACAGAUACAGGAAAUCUUUCCUGCCACAAGCAAUAGUACUAUUCAAUAACUCACAUCUGUCGGACAGAGACUCACAUCUGUCUGCUGUAUAGUCCAUUCUUAAAAACUCCUACCAUAACACAUUACUGAGCACCUUAAAUUGUUUAUUUAUAAUCCCAUCUGUAUAUUUCACAUUUCAUAUUUAUUACUCAUUUCAUAUCAGUAUAUUAGUAUUACCAGUGGAUAGCCCACUUAUUUCAUAUCUCACUUUUUUUCUAUCUAUCUAUCUAUCUAUCUAUCUAUCUAUCUAUCUAUCUAUCUAUCUAUCUAUCUAUCUAUCUAUCUAUCUAGCUCUUUACAUACCAAAUAAUAUAUUGCUUAAUCAAGACUUGAAUGUCUGCUUGUUAAUAUUUAAUUAUUAUUUAUAGUCUGCUGGUUGAUUGAACUGCAAAAAACAGUGAAAAAAUACUUGUGACUAUGAGUCAAUGAGAUGAUCUGAAUGAGCAAGUCAGUGUUAAUGCCUCACACUACAGCCUCAAGUAUUUUUAUUCACAGCACAUCAUACUGAAAGGUAGGAGGAAACUAUAAUGACAUGGUCCCAUUGUCUAUUUGAACAUGAUCUAAAUGAGAUUACUCGGAGGACUUAAGGCUCAUUAAUUGAGAAUGUAUUAAUUAACCUCAAAGUGUGAUCAUAUAUCUUCCCAUGUGUCACUUUAAUGGAGACAUCUGUCACCUGACUUGCGUGUCAGAGCCGAGCCUCUGCUGCCAGCUUCUUGUUGGCAGAGACAAAUACAGAUCAGGUUUUCGAUAUCACGUCCCAGAGAUUGUUCAUACAUGUAGAGUGAGUUGUGUCUUUAUAAUGAAUCAUUUGUAACAUACAGUCUCACUCAGUGGGCUCAUGCUGGACAGUGUCUGACUCAGAGUGAGCUGUCAAUUAGACUGAAAAAUCUGUACGCAGAGCUGGAAACUAAACAGCACACCCACUCUUUUCUCAUAUACUAUAAUGAGAGGGAGGGAUGGUUGCUCUAAUGUUAGGUUGGAUUGUCCUAUAUCAGCAUUUCUGGUGAAAUUUAAAGAAACUGACUUACCACAGUGCAUCCGUACUGUAUAAUGUUCUGUUCUUGUUGUAGUUAUAUUGUUGAGGUGUAACGAAACAUUCCAUACAUUAGGGGGUUCAUGUUUUCUAUGAUUGACACAUGAUACAGCCUAUGGGCGUAAGAAGAUUGCGUAGCUCACCUGGGAGAUACGCUGUUUGAGCCAAGCGUCAUCACAGCAACUCUCCUGCUGAAUGCGUACAAUGCUACUGCGCAAUUUUGUUUUCAGGAAGUGGAGAAAAAAUGCGGAAUUACCGAGAGCUUUUUGGCUUCAAAUACCACAGUGCAUCCGUACUGUAUAAUGUUCUGUUCUUGUUGUAGUUAUAUUGUUGAGGUGUAACGAAACAUUCCAUACAUGCUGUGAAUUCAGAGAUGCUUAAUUGGAAACAGAUGACACUAAGAUGCUUUAUUGAGUUUCUUAGACAAGGCAAAAUAAUAUAUUAAUUUAUUAUUUAUUUAAACUCUGAAUUGGCCAGCUUGAUUUUUUUUUUUUUUUUACAGUUAACUCUUAAAAAAAACACACAAACAAAGCUUAUUCUGAUGAUAUCUGGGGUGUUUGUUUUAUAGACACACAGAUUGAAAGAUUUUUGUGCAAAAUGUUAUAAAAUGGGAAAUUUCCUGAUCUAAUUCACUACAGCGGAGGGUUAACAUUUCUUUUAGCUUUUUGUUAAGAAAUUACAAAAUAUUUAUCGUUCAGUAUCAACAGUUGAAGAAUAUUUUUUUCUGUAAAUUUAUCAAUUAAAGCUCUUUAAAUAUUAAACUAUAGCUUAAAAGUUUCUGGGAGAGUUUAUUUACUAUCUUCUUUUGUAAGACAGAAUAGGAAGGGAUGGAUCUUUAUCUCUUGUGAGCUCAUAUUAACUAUACAGCUACUCAGUGUUUUAGUAUUCAACCAGAGACAGAAGUAUUUACAAAACCUCCUAGCUCAGGAAGUUUUCAGGUCUUGAUUUAGCCAAUAAACAAAUCAUUAAUGGCAUAAAUUGGCAUUAAUGAUCAAGUCCUUUUUUUCCUAUCAUUUGUGUGUUUUUUCAUGAUAUACAAAUGUGAUGCAUUUCACUAAGUUGUAAAUCAAAUACAUGUUGUUAGUCUGCAGUGGUUAAACACAAAGACCAUUGACUGCCCAAACUGAAAUUUGGUGUAACAGUGUUUGAUUUUUAUUCAAUGUUUUUUUGUUUUUAAAUCGAGUGAUUUUUACAGCUCUGCAACAAAAGCAAUCUAAAGAGCCACCUCGGACUUUAAAGGGGCACAACAGUUUUUCUUACAACAACCAACAGCUCGCCGCCCCACAACUAUUUAAAGAUAUCUAAAAUGAGUAGUUUGCUCUACAUUCUUGUAGCAGUGCUCAAAAUGGCUGAAAUGCAUCGCAGCGUUUAAAAUUGAGAUGCUGGCAUGCGUGUAUUUUCAGUUGCGGUUUCACUGAAAGCACAGCAAUGUAUGUAAUGAGGAGUCAGUAUCAGAGCAGUGUGUAAAAAGGCCUUCACACAGUGUUCAGGUUUCCUGCAUGGCGCCUGCUCCCCCACCGUCUCAUCCAGCCUUAAUGACGUUUGCUGCAGCAGUAAUGCCCUGAUGUGGGAGAUAGCGCUGGUGUGUAGCAUGUGGCAAAUUAUCAGACAUGCAAAUCAGGCGGAGGCAGCUGUGGAAUCCUUAAUUAUGGUGUGGGUCCCCCACAAAGGCACCUCUGCUACCAACACAGAAUCACCCCCCUCCCCUGAAGCUCCCCCUGACUCCCCCACCCUUCACAUCCACCCCCAUCCGCCUGCUGCCCUUGUACCCCUAGACAGACAGAUGGACCAGAGGCAGCGGCUGAAGCAGUGGGAGGAGAGGAGAGUUUGGGGGAUUGGGUUGUGGGGUUGGUUGUGGCACUGGUAGGGGUGGUAGGGGGGCUGUUUAUCUAUGGAUUCCUUUAAAGUGUCAGUCUCAGCGUCAUUGUUGUUUUAGUUCCGCUUGAGUUAGAUAAACGACAUUUGAGAUUAACCGUACACUGUUUGAACAGCACUUUGUGUUUUUUAAGUACUGACUCUUAUCGUGCACCACUUUGAGUUUAUUUUGAGAACCAGAGCUUUAGAGCCACAUCGAGGGCAUUUUGGCAUCAGGAACAGCCAAAGUUAAGGAUUGUUCCUGAACAACAGUGCUGACAUGAUGUUGAUGUUUAUCGUAUUUUACACUCUGGAAAGGACCCCUCACUGUUAGGAACUAAGAAGAUUAAUCAACCAAUCCCCAAUCUCUUAUUAAAUCCAAACCAGGGACGCCUUUUUUUCUUCUUAGCCUCGCUAAAGAAACACAAAAACAAAUAUGUGCAUUUUUUCAUGUAAGAAGCUUAGAUAGAAAGGAAACACGUGUUCUGAGUUUGUGCAGCUCAAAAUGUGUCUUCUUUCCUUCCAAGAUUUUAAAGCUGCAGCUUUUUUGCUUUUCAUUGUUUUGAGGCUGGUUGGGAAGACACCAGAGGCUGAUUCAAUACUAAUGCCCUCCAGUAUCUUUCCUUCACUUUGAAACACAUGCAGCUAAUUGAACAUGAAUAGGAGAUGUGCUAGGGGUGAAACCUAAUCCUAUCUACUCUUCAACCUCCAUGGAAGGAACCAUGCCCCCCCCCGAACCACCUACACGCACUCAUCAACCUCAGCCCUUUGCUCAGAGACCCCUGCAAUGACCCAUAUUAGCUUCUGUUCUCUGCAGUGAUGGUGAAUGAAAUGAGAUUGAAAUGAGAUCAAAAUUUCUUGAAAUAAAUUGAGUUUUGUACCUCGUGUGAGUAUUUCAGCCUGAAAGCAUUUAAACCCUGCCAGCAGGAGACAUGCAUGGCUCACCAUUAUUAUGCAUGUUCUUCACCCUCCCCUUUGUUUCUCUGCUGCUCCUUCCUGCCCACCCUACUCUUCUGCUGCUCAUCACCCCCCCUCCUCAUCUUUCUUCUCUUGUCCUCCCCCAGGAGCUGAAGCUGCCAGUCUACCGGGCCCACUCUCCUCAGAUUGGCAUGCGUCGAUACUUUGCUGACUUGUUGGCCAUCCUGAGUAACCGCUACCAGCUCUGUCCCACAGCGCGACACCUCGCAGUCUACCUGCUCGACUUGUUCAUGGACCACUAUGAUGUGGCUGUGAAACAGCUGUACGUCAUCGCACUCUCCUGCCUGCUGCUAGCCAGUAAGUCCAAACAUGACCUGCCCCCUCUGUCCUUAUUAUUGCAUCUACAUCUUUGUUUUGUUUUCUGAUUUAAAACUGAAUGUGACUUGGUUGACUGUUUUUUAUUUUCAUGCAUCUCUUGAACAUAAACAUGCAUUUUCUUUGGAAGUCAGCUUGCUAACACAAAGCUCACAAUAUCUCAAUGAAAGGAUUGCAUGUUGGCUCACUCUGAAAACAGCGAAGACCCUCUCUGUGGUAGCAGAAACAAUGUGACUGUGGUUUUUGCACAGAUGGCACAAGGUGACCUGCAAAAAAGCGAGUUUAAACUGUGCAGUAGAACAUGGCGGUAUUUUCCCCUCCGGCUCUGAUCUUUCGGCCUGUAAUGACAGUUUACUGUAGCUGUAUUGUUGGUUUAAAAAAACAACACAAGGUUUCCAUUGUGGUGGGAUGACUGUGCCAUUGUUUCAGGGGAAACUGUUGGAGAUUACGCUUGUGUAUGCAGAACAUUUUGUGUGUCUUUGAUCCUGGUGCUAAUAACAUGUCUGCGGCUGGUGCUGUUAGUUAGCCCCCUCUGUCAGUUUGGAAUCACACCUGCCAAGGUCGAAGUGUCCUCUUAUCAAAGGUGUGAUGUUUCUUUUUGUCCUUUUUUUAUCCUGUCACAGAAUGGCUGUAAUUUGUUGCAUAGCCUACCCACAAGCCACAUAUAAAUCUAAUUAGUUAACAUCUAUUAGCAUGAAAUCGUGUCCUUAAAAGAAGAAUAAACCAAUGAGUGUAAGGAUAGUCUGUUCCUCUAUCAUCAGCUUGUCAAAUGGGAGAAUCCAAUGAAACAAUGAACUGAUCCCGCUGACACAUAUUCCCCUUGUAGCCUGAGCUAGAAUCAGAAGUGCCUUAUUGCUGUGUUGAAGGGUUUAGUUCUCCAUAAACAUAUUAACAACAUUAAGCCGGCCAAACCACUGCAGUUCGUAACAUGUUCAGUCAUGACUUUGAAGGACUGAGUUCAUUUUCGAAUCAGUUCCUCUCACUUUGCCGAACAUCUUUGUGUAUUCUUUGGUGGCGAUAUCACGACUUUUCGUCUUUUCACCCCGAGUUACAGCCACAGACAAAAUGGGGGAAGUAUGGAGACUUGAGAGCUGGAUUUGACAGUUUGCUGGUUCAAGUGAAGUUUUUGGUUUUAAAUUCGUAGAGAAUUUUUUCCCCCCUGAAAACCUUUUUUUUUUUCUUCUUUGCUUGUUGUUGCUUUCUCUGCUAAGCUGUCAGUCCUUCUGCAGAGGGAGGUGAACUGAUUAUUUAGUCUGGAUUUUUUUUUUUUUUAAAAAGGACCCGACUUGUUUUAAUGAUGUGAAACAUGAAAUUGUGACUUUGUGUUUUUUUAGUUUGUUUUAUUUUAGCAAGGCAUGUGUGUUAACUAUUCCUCUACUGCCUAAUACCACUUUGUGCAAGUUGUGUGAUAGUUAUUAGUGUCUGUGUGUCUUUCUGGUGAUUAACAGGUUGUGAGGUUUUCUGUACAUUAAUGCAGCCCUUGGCAUCAUGGGUAAUUAGACUAAUGAUGCUGUCAAAGUGGGAGUCUGGAAUGGAGCCUUCCCUCUUGGGAGGGCACUAUGUGUGUGUGUGUAGAGUGUGUGCAUUUGUCAGUAGUGAGUGUGUGUGUUUGUGUGUUGUCACACACAGGCAAUCAUUGCAAUCAGGGCAGUUUCAGCAGAGGUACAAAUGUGAAGAAGACGUGAACGAUGGUUUUUGUUGGGAGGGAAUCUCAGGAGAAUCCAGGAAUAGUUUGGAGAGUUGAAUGAUAAAAAUAUUAUCAAUACAAUCCAGACAGAGGUUAUCCUUCUGUUCUCUAAUAGAUUAAUCAGUUUUUGAUUUGGAAGUCUUUUGAUCGGGGUUUUCAGUGAGCUGAGCCCCCUCCUCUCUGCUCUCCUGCCUCUGACUCUUUCAGGACACUGGGGAGUUUCCACCAUGAUUGAUGAUGGCUUGAAAGGGUGUUUGAUUCAAAGUUGUCUUGGGUUUUUAUCUGUUCUGAGGUGCUUUGGAAUCUGGCCUAGUUAUUGAACAGCCUCCCCAGGUCCCUCUGCUUGCCUUUAAGACACACACACACAUCAUCUGUCUUUAAAAACGUCCUGGCUUCUGCUCAGUUAAUUAAUCGCUACCUCUUUUGUGUCUCUCAGCAGCCACUGCUUAAUCCUGUUACUCUAUUGUGUGUGUGUUUUCGUGGGUGCUUGAGGGAGCGCAUGUGACUGGUCAUGGAUGAGCUCUGCUUCAUUUGCACAAGUGAGAUUAUGGUCAGUUUUUCAGAUCUGCAGAGAGAGUUUAAUUGACUGUUGGGCACCUAUUUAUAGACCUCAACUCAUUCUAGAGAAUUCAAUUAGUCAAUGAAACCAAAAACAUGACAAGUAAAAAGCAGCGACUGCAAACACACCGAAUAUUUUCACUUAAAAUGAGUUCUCAUACUAGUUAGUUUCUAUUGUGUUAAAAAGUCCUGCAGUGAUCACAUCAGUCUUGCUGGCAGAUCCUGGUCCCUGAAAUCACAGCUCUGCACACUGCAGCUGUUUGUGAGGGUAAAUGACAUCAUGGACAUGCCUCUGUGACAGCCAGUACAAGAAUUUUCAAGGUUGUUAUUGUUCACAAAAUAAUCGAGCCUUGCUUCAUACUUUCAUGUUUGUGUUAUGGUUAGAUGUCAUAUGUUUUGUUGUUUUGGUUCAGCUGUGAUUUAUCGCUGAAACUUGAUUGAGGUAUUUAGCUCAGUGAGUCUGACCGCUGAAGGAUAUUCAAAUAACAAUAAAAGAGCAUCCUGUGAAUCGGACAAGAAGCUCAGUCAUACUGACUGCACAGUGCGCUCACACAGGCCUCAGAGCCCGGGGGUGGGGAGGAACUGUGUGCUGCAGGGCACCUGCCAUAUGCUCUCUGAGUCAGGCCUCAAACAAAAGCCCGUCAAUGCAAGCAGGACAGCCAGCCAGCCAGCCAGCCAGCCAGACCCUUCCCAGAGAGGGGGAGGGGAGCAGAGACCGGGGUGGAGGUUGAUGUGUGCGCGGGUGUGUGUUUGUGUGUUUUUGCUAAAUGAGGAGAUGGUUGCUGUGGCAACCUAUGUAUAAACCAAUGGCCUCUUUUUUUCUCAUGAUCAUCUAAUUAAGACCCACAAUUAUGUGGUAUCCAGAAGAGAUUUUUCUCCUUACCUAAAAACGCAUCGGUUUUCUCCACACGGCUAUUUGAGCAACUGGGCUGAGAUGGUCUCUUUUACCUCUUUCCGCCAGCUCUGUUUCCUCUUCAUUCUCUCACCUUGUUGGGGACAGCCAGAGUGAGCCAGUCCUGGGACAGGGCAGCCAGUAAAAGCAGCCUGACAUCCCUGGGGGGCUGGGAAACGAGCUGAGUGGUACUUCAAAGGCAGGUCGGCUGCUGAUGUUAAACAGAGGAGAAAGGGAGGUGGAGGUGGUGGCCUGCAAAAUGGGACAUGUUAGAACUGAACCACCCGGUAGGGAGCCCCGAAAUGUAGAUUAAUAGGGAACCUACCUCCCCCUUUUAUCCCCCGCGGGAGGUUUGACAGUAAUUCUAACAGAAAUGUUGUCAUGUGAGGCUCUUGUGAUUAAAGAAAUUAUGUAAAGAUGUGCAGAUGCAAUUGAGGUGAUUUUGGUUAUGGUAACACAAACUCACCUUUUGGUGUGCAGUGAGAGCUCUUGUGUAACAAAAUACAAAUGAUCAGAAAGUAAUCGUAUUUUGUGUUGUGCUGUGUGAUACCUGAGGCUCUGUUUGCCCACGCACUCCCUGUGUUUGCCUUCAUCACCCAUGCAGCAAAAUGCUGCUGGCCUGCAGCCGACAGCUCCCCCAAAUGCACACCCCACACCAAACACACACACACACACACACCCACACACAGAGCUCUAGGUUUCGAGGAUUCUGCUUGGUCCCUCCAGCAUUAUCAUCGGGGGUCAAGGGUUGGCCUGGGCCUACAUUGUGAGAGCUGCAGAGGCCAGGGGUGGCAACAUGAAGGUUCUGUGAUGGAGCUGUGAGCAAUUUCACACCCCCAGUGAAAGAUGAACCAGCAAAUAAAAGGAGUUUAAAGAGCAGAGGAAAUUCCUCCGUGGCUGUCAGGUCAAAAAGAAAAGGUGGUAGAAAAUGAGCAUUGUGAUAAAUUUCCUUUUUCCUCUUAUUGGCCAGACUUGAUAAAUAUUAAAUGAAAGUUGUAGGUAACAGAAAGACAUUUUGAAUAAUACAUUCACAUGUUUUUUCCAUCACCGAAGCAGCCCUGUUCCGGCUUCAGUCAUUGUAAAUCAUCAAUUUUCCAAAAUUUUCACGUCUAGAUUUUGUUGAGGUGGAUUUAAAAUCAGCUUGUUUCUUUUGGAGCACAUUUCUUUCAGCAACUGUCUGUCGCCGUACAGUUUGAUAGGAAGUUGAGCUCCUGCUAACAUUGGCUAACAUUACCAGCUGAAAAGUUAUAGGGAAACCCUUCACUUUUCAAUAAAAGUCUGUUUGUUUGCACUUUCAAAUAGUAUUUUUUACCACAUAUCUGUUGCUUGCAAGUCAUUGAGAGCUCCUUGUUUGUUUUCCUCUCAAGACACUUUUUCUGUUUUUAGUUAUUUCCAAAUAUAUGCCAGUGAUCAAUGUCAAAUUAGAGAUGACCCAUCAUGUUUGAUAUCUUUGUAGCAACCCAUUUUCUGGAUUUAGGAAAAAGUAGUUUUAUGUUCCACGAGAACAGAAGCCAAGGCUUACCUUUCUCAGGUUUCUCUGCUGGCCCCAUCACUCCAACUCUCCCUGCCCCCACCUCUACCUCCACCUCCUCCACAAACAACACACCUGGGGGGGCUGCAUCCUGGUCUCACCUCUGCCUCACCCCUGACCUUUAACUUUUCGUUGUUUACUCGACCUUCUCUCAUCGCCACCAUCACCUGUGGGUGAUCUGAGAAAGGAGAGGUGUCUUGUCCUUGGAGUGUAUGGAGAUGUAGUUUUUGUAGAAGAAAAAGAUGUUUUCUUCUUUGUCAGAGCUUCUACCUAGCUGAAUGACUGCAGAUAGGAUCACUGAGACGCCUGCAUUCCAGGUAGGCUGAACUCACAGGAGAGGAAUGCGGCGUCUCUUUCAGGCCACACUGAUGACAGUAAAUCAGCACGAGGGGCUGCGCAGGGGCUGUUGGGUUGGUAUUGGGCAUCAGUGAGGAGAUGACAAAAAAACAGGAGAUCAAAUGCAAUAAUGAUUUUUUUUAAGUCUACCUGCAUAUUACAUGUUUUUGACGAAUAGCGAUUGCUGCCAGUGUGUUAAAACUCAGCAAUACUUUUCUGUUUCAUUUAUUAUUUUUUCAAUGGAAACAUUAGAAGACUACUCAGAGUCCAGACCUCCACUAAAACCAAAACAGACAUUAAAUGUGUAAAUACAGCAGCAGUAGAUAGAUACUUUUUAAAGAUGUAACAUAAAACUAAAUGUCAGAGGUUUUUUUUUAGUACUCUGUUGGUUAUGUUAGGUUUAAAAACCUGCAUUUUGUCUUUGAUGGUAGAAUUCGAGAUGUAACAGAUUCAAAACUUAGGGCUGGGGUGUAUAUAUAAUUAAAUGUAGUGUAUAUAUAUAUCUCAUUGCAUAUUAGUACUACCAGUGGAUAACCCACUUUUUUCAUAUCUCAUUUUUCUCUCUUAGGAUGUUUAGUAUAUUUAGUCGGUAUUGUACAUACUUCUUAUUUUAAAUUUUAUUUUGUGUUUUUAUUGCUGCUGUAACAUGGGAAUUUCCCAGUUUGGGAUUAAUUAAGUCUAUAUAUCUAUAUAUCUAUAUAUCUAUAUAUCAAUCUCUAUAUCUAUCUAUCCAUAAACCAUCAGUAGAAAACCGUGUUUUAAAUUCCUCAGACCAAAGACAGACUGAAACUGUAUUUAUCAUCACUGACUGAAUGAAUGAUUCACUGAGCAUGUUUGUCAUUUUAAUUAACAUUCCCUCUGGGUUUUUGAUUUUUUUCUUCCCUUUAGUUUUAAGGCAACAAUCUUUUUUUUAAGCUAGAAUCAAACACGAAGAGUCAUUUGUCCCCUCUGCAGAUGUGAUAUUUCAUUAGGUCAUUAUCUGUAGAAGUUGUUACCCUGUGUGCCUCACCCUUUUAGGCUGCACCUCUGCUGCACCCACUCAUUUAAGUCAGAGAUCAACGUUUUGUUAUUCAGACUGUAAUACACACACAGUAAAUCAAAUCCGUUUGUGUCUCUAAUCAGACUGCACUUCUGAAGCUGCUUUGUUUUUGUUUUCAAAGCUUUUGGCUGUCCAGCGUCUCUCAUGUGCUGGUCAACCACAAUCGCUGAGCACAAAGGAGAUUGACUUGCGUGGUGUCUUUCUUUAAGAUCAAAGAGAGCGGGGUUGUGUGGAGAUUGGAGGCAUUGAUGGCUUUUUAUGGCUGCGUCUGUGUGGACAUAGCAGUCUGGAGGCAGACAGAGGCCUGAUCCAGAGGAUAUAAGGGUGAGAGAAAGGGGCAAGUGUGGACUGGGCUGCUGAACGAGCCUCGGUGGGUGUAAACAGCCCUGUUUCACCGUGCUUCCUGUUGCGGUGGAGAGACGCCAUUACUGCCUCUCUGCUAAUUACCCCUAUGGCCUGUUUGGCUGCUGACCCCCUACAUCCCUCUCUCUUCCUCCCUCUCUCUCUGAUCCGUUCCCUCUCUCUCUCUUUCCUGCAACAGUUAGAGGUCAGUGACAACAAUGGUGGUAAAACUCGCACUUACCAAGAAUGCACUCCAACACAUUAGCUUAGAUGUAGUCCUGAAGAGGGAAAUAAUGGUCAUGGGAAAGGAUCAUAGCAGCUCAGACCUUGUAGACUAUACUCGUGUUGUAGGUGUAACUGUAGCUCAAAUAUGUCUGUAAAGCUUGCUUUUAAGGUUUGGCUGCCAAGGUUUAGGAUUAGAGGCCAAGAUCGUCCCUAAAACAAGGUUUUUUUUUUAUUUCCAGCUCUAUGCACAGUCUUAAAAAGCAGAUCUAAAACUUUAUGUAAGCCUGUGGACGUUAUUGGUUAGCAAAAAAAAACACAGCAUUUUUUUUAUUUUUUUAUAAAGUAAUCAAGUUUUAUCCACUGAGAAGUAAUAAUUAACUUAAUUAUUAAUAAUAAACCUCUGCUGACCAUACAUUAUGUGAUGAAUCUGGAUCAUUUCUGUGUAUGGUCAGAGAUAGAGAAAACUAGAUAUACAUUAAUUUUUAGGAGUGAUAUCAGACAAUAAAAAAAAACACUACACUUCACUGAUUAUUUGUUUAAACUUGUCCAAACUACCCCCUGUUCUUAUCAUGUUCUUAAACUAUGGAAAUCACUCUACAGGUAAUGCAAAAACCCAUACCAGUGUUUCUUAAUCUUAGUAAGUAUGUUUAAUCGAAUGACCACCAUUCCUCAGAUCAUUUGUGUUUUUUUAAUAACUGACGUCAGCACCUAACAUUCAGUUAAAGUGAUCAGUUAUGAUCUGUAGUGAAGUUCUCUGUCUUCAAUGUGUUUCCGUGUCUCCCUGGUCAAAGUUGAGAGCAGUUCAGGCACAUGAUUUAGAGAAAAGCCUGUAUCUCAGUAACCUGACACCCCCUAGCCCUCACUCUUGAAGUUUGAGCAGAGAAAGCCUGUUGGACCGUUGGAUUAAAGGCAGAAUCGCCCCUCUUCAUUGGUCACAUGGAUCCUGGAGGCCUUAGGGCUGUUGCCAUGGAAAGGAGGAUGUCUGGGGAUAGGGAGGGGGGGCUGGCCAUAAUGGCACUGCUGUAAUGUCUGAGAGAGUCUGAAGCAAGUGAGUGAGAGGAACAGAAAUAUUAAGGAUCGAGCUGACUGGCGUUUUCAGAGAAAGUGUUGGGUUUUUAUAAUCCACAGACUCUCUGUAAGCUUGUAGUGAUGUUUUGCUUAGGCCUCCCUCAUCGUGUAACAGCUUAAGUUUAUGGCCAGAUGUUCAGUAACAGUCAGCUUAAUUGCUAACGCUUAGCAGGCGCUUGUUAGGCUGUGCGGAAACUCAAGAACAGCUCUUGAGGGUUGACUAUGAACCUUCUUAAUGUGGCUACAGAUGGUAAUUUUCAUCAUAAUACUGAGAACAGGCAAUGAAUGGGCCCAUUUGAAAAGAUUAUAUCAGAUGUAUUUGAUCAUCAUGUCAUAUUAAAGUGGCUUUAACUUUCUCCACACAGACUGAAAUUUUCUGUCAAACUGUAACUUGAUCUUAUUUACGGCUCAUUGAUUUGUAUGUGUUUGUUUAUAAUUGAAUGAAGCUCGGUUGGUAGUUUUAAAAUGUGAUUUCUGGAGUGUGAUGCUAUGAUUGACGAGAAGCGUCUAACCAACAAACUAGCUGAUACUCAUAAUUUAAAUUCUGACUCUAUGAAAUAAUUGUUAAAAUGAUCUAAAUGUAGUGUAGUCUUAAAAGUACAGUAGCCUCUGCCUUCUUUUAGGAUACUAUCAGACUUUAAGACUUGAUUAAGAGAGCCAAGACACUGGAUGGAGUAGGAAACAGAGAAAAGAGAGUGGGGAGACUGACAAAAGUGCCAUGAGUUAGAGUCAAACCUGAGCUGCCUACUCUGAACACAGUUGCUGCUAUUUAUGGGAUAUUCACCUGCUUUUAGUCACUGAACCCAAACAACAUCCUUUCUUUUUCAAAGAUAUUUAACAGACAGCAGCUUAAAUUUUCAUACUCCUGAACCGGGAGUGUAAGCCACUUUUGCUUCAUAAUCCGACUAAAUGAUUGAUUCUCCAUCAAAUGCUCAUGUUAUGACUUUAAAAAAAUACAAGAAAAAAAACAAUUUGCGUACAAUAAUUUACAUUUUUUUUUUUUCUUUGGGUCAAGUCAUUGUUUUGCAUUCAUGAAUCUGAGGGUCUCCUGCCUGUUGUCUUGCAGACAUGUUUUCAAACACUGUGUCUUCAGUGUAUUCACAGCCACCUUACAGACAGUGUCUUUCAAACAUUGCAGCAGAGCACGAAACACCGUUCAGCACGUGUGUUUUUUUUCUUCCCUUUAAGGUAAAUUUGAGGAGAAGGAGGACCGGGUUCCCAAACUGGAGCAGCUCAACUCUCUGGGCUUCAUGUGCAGCCUGAACCUGGUUCUCAACAAGAAGGAUCUGAUCAAGAUGGAGCUUCUGCUGUUGGAGACCUUUGGCUGGAACCUGUGCAUGCCUACACCCGCCCACUUUAUUGACUACUACCUCCAUGCCUCAGUGCAGGAGGGUGACCUGUACAAUGGCUGGCCCCUCUCCUCCCUCUCAAAAACCAAGGCCUUCAUGGACAAAUACACUCACUACUUCCUGGAAGUCUCACUGCAGGGUGAGUUAAGAGGAAGUGGACUUUGUGUUUUUAUCCCUGAGUGUUUUCAUGUGAAUUUUGUGACAAUGACUCAAACUUUUGUCUCUGGCUUCUUUCAGAUCAUGCAUUCCUGAGUUUUAGACCGUCUCAGGUUGCUGCUGCCUGUGUGGCAGCAUCUCGUAUUUGCCUUCAGAUAUCCCCCAGCUGGACCACUGCACUGCACCUACUAACAGGCUACACCUGGGACCACCUCACCCAGUGCAUUGAACUCAUGCUGCUGUAAGAGACACAUACUCUAAAUCCACAGUAAUGUAGAGCAAUAAGAUCUUAAAGGGGUUUAAUGAUAAGCCUUCGGAGGUGACAGAUCCAUCUUUCUUUAUAUUUUGGUUGCCAUGGUUUUAUAAUGUGAACUGUCACUAGAUUCAUCUAUGUAGGGUCUUACUCUGUCGUGUAUAUCACCAGAUAAAGCCACUCCAUCUGUUCAUCCUUGUCAUUAGCCUCACUGCUUUGUACUUUAUCAACAAAGUUGUACGUUUUCAGUUGAGUUGGCGGCUGUGUGCGUUUAUUUGUGUACAUCUGUCCACGUGUAUUGCUUGCACAUGUUUGCACCGAUUGUGAGGGGGUUGAACAAGAUGGUGCAGGCUGGUUUUUGUCCCAUUAACAGAUUUAGCAGACAUCUUUUUCCAGAUAGAUCUCAGUAGUUGUAAUAUUUACUAUUCUGCCUGCUGGUCAAUAAAUGUUCAUAUUGUUGUGAUAUCUUCCUCUCCCCUUCACAGUGCUCAUGACAACGAUGUUAAAGAGGCCAACAAGACCAAAUCCACUCCUCCACACAGACCCUCAUCUCUUCAGUCACAGCCUCAGACCUCUCACCUCUCUCCAGUAUCAGCCAUCCAGAGACCAGCCUCCUCUUCCUCUUCCUCCUCUUCCACCUCCUCCACACCACAGCUGCUCUUUCAACCAGAAGCCUUCCCUCACCUAUCCCAGCAUUCCCCAUCCCUCUCCCAGCUGCAGGCUCUAGCUGACUCUCAGGCUCUGGGGAGCGUGAUGAAUGUGUCUCAGGACUUUCUUCAGGGCCACAGGAUGGGGCUGCUCUCUGCAGCUCCUUCCAUGACUUCUGCAGGUGGAUUCCCCUCCUACCCAAGCCUGACCCCUGGUCUCCAGCCAGGUGCACGGGGGCUGCCGCUCCAGGGGCCUAUUUCAGUGCAGAUGGCCCUCGCUGGAGAGCCACGCCACUGUCUGAGCAUGGCCUACAGCGGGGGCUACUUGGGGUCUCAUCACACGUUUGCAGCCGGCUGCUUCGACAGGUGACGCCAGGAGACGGAGAGGGAACACAAACCCCUGCGGGAGUGCACUGCUAUACUGCCGUCCAAAGUCCCCACCCCAAAAUACCCGUUCUCUGACCUCCUCUCUCUCUCCGUCAGCUCCGUCACGCCCACAGCUCGUCCAGCCAUCCUGCCCCCCUCACAGAGACGCCUCAAACGCAAGCAGAGGUCCAAAGGCAAGACUGACCCAGUGGAAGUCAUUACACUGACAUGACAAAGGCUCCACUGACUGAAACACUGACUGAAACAUUACUGCCGUGCCCUGAACUGUUCUUUUCUAGAUCCACAUAUUAUGAGACUGUCCUCACUGUGAAUGAGAUGAAAGCAGCAGUGUGAUUGAACACCCACCUCAUUCAGUGCCUCUUCUCAGUGGUGUUAUAGCUGAGCCAAUUUUAGAAUUGCGCAGAACACAAAGGAUCUGUGAUAAAGAUAUAUUUGCUGCUUACAUAGAUAACUUUGUCAACCCUGAAGUUCAAAACAUAUCGGAGAGGAGAAAUUGGUAGUGUUUCUCAAUCCAACAUUUAUAAGACGUAUAAAAGAAAUUUUAAAUUCAACUUUGUCCUCCUCUGUCAGAGCUGAAGGGCCCUCUGAAUUUCUCACCACAUAAGCUGUCAGAGGGAACGAGGACUUCAUGUUUUUAAGCACACCAGGUGAAGGAUACACCUUUGCGGCAGUGUGCUGCAGUGUUUUCUUUUUUUUUAAUCUUUCCUCCUAUCUGUCCUCAUCUCAUCUCACUUCAUCUCUCCCAUCUCCAAAGUCAGGCCUUGUGGCAGAGCUGUCACGCACCCCUGGAGUAGUGCGUCUCUACAGGCUUUGCCAAAUUUGAGUUUUAAUUUCACUGUCUUCCACCGCUCAAAGAAUUGAACACACACUGAUGUGACUGGACCAGCAUGGUGAAGGAGACGUGGACAUUAUUUGAAUAUUGUACAUACGAAUGCUGCUGCCUUCUUAUGAACUGUUGGUUCUGUGUCUGUGUUAAUGACUCCAAUGUUUACAUGAACCACUAAGUAUCAGGGACUUCAAGAUUACUUGAAUAUGAUGCCAUUGAAACAUGCCAUAGCUUUUAUUUAUGAUGUGUUUUUUUUUCUUUUUUCUAUGUAUUUGUUUGAUCUAGUGUAGCUUUUUAUACCAGCUUAGAAACACGAUUAAUUAAUCAUAGUUUUAUUUUGUACCUGUUCAUAGAAACUGUGUAUUCAGACUCAGGUUUCAAGGCUGAAGCUAGCAGCCUUCUCAUUACUCUGUGCUAUUAUGCUUUAAAGUGGAUGCAAGUGCAGCAUCUGCAGGGGCUGGAAUACUCCCCUCCUUCAUCACUGGACCGUAUUCUGCUUACAAGUCGAUAACUGGAAGCAUGAAAACAGUCUGUCUGCUUCAUAGAGGAACAAACUCAUGGUCACUGGUUUCAGACAGACAUCUGCAGUCAGUCCGCAGUAAUUGCUUCCCAGAUUUCUAAGGCUGCAAUCCCCAAUCUUCCCUCUUCCUGUUCAAGUAUAAACACAUGCAGAUUGGGUUGCGCUCCGGUUACCAUGGCGAUACCUUAAAUGAUCUGGGAUGUUUUCCACUGAAUUAGGACUGCAGCUAGGGAUUAUUUUCCACACUAAUUAGUUUUUCUAAGAGAAAAAGAAAGAAAAACAGUGAAAUGCCAGUUAAAUGUCCCGCAGCUCAAGAUGAUCUAUUCAGACGCCUUCUUUCACUGAAUCUUAAGACCACAAGCUGCCAAUUCACCUUUAGACUGAAAUUAGAGAAGCGUGGUCAUUUUAGCUUGAAAGUUUAUGAAAAUGGUUACAUGCAUGUCGGUUGGAUAACUCCAGUUGUAAUUUUCUUCUAUGGGCUAAUGAUGUCUGAAUCAAUGUUAAAAGCUGCUCAGCGCUGAGGAAACUGUGAGCUUGACUGAAGUUUGUAAGUUCUGAACGAACACAAAGCUGCUGUUGAUGUUGCCUCUCGUUCAAACCAUAAAUGCAUCAUCAGAUGUGCUUUUCUCAGAAAACACUACGUGACGCCUUCUGAAGCUGCAACGCUGAAAUCAUUACAGUCACAAAUCAUCAAACCGGUUUGUUUUCUCACCACAGCGCAGUGAUCUCAUACUAUGCCUUUGUUUGAACUCUUCAUAUACAGUUUUGUUACAUCUUUUCAUUCCCUCUAUGUCUAGUUUGGUUUGAGGUUUUAGUCGGUCUCUUUCUGGAUAUUGUUGAUUUACACAUUUUUUGAAGAUGCUUGUCGUGUUCAUUUCCUCCUAACUCAUGAUCAACUUCUCACUGAGGUGUCAAUGGUGCAAUAAGUUGUUUUUCUCUGCUUAAACUGACCACAGCCAUCACUGUCUCGUGUUCACCACUGGUUCAUCUUUUGUAACUUAUUUUUUGAGAAUUGUGUGAUUUGACUUGGUCUCCUCUGGAGGGCAGUGAACUCUGAACACAAUGAAUAUGUUGCAUAUUGCAGCCGCCUCCUUUGAGUGAUAGAUAUUUCUGAAUGCUUUUAUUUGAAACAUUUUUAGUUAUUUAGAGAUUUCCCGUGUGUCUCCCCUCCUAAUGUCACUCACUCCAGACGUCACUUAUCGAAUGUGAUAGUGAUGAAAUGACACCACAAACUUCCACUUUAUAUUUUUACAUAAUUUUGUACCCACUUGUAGUCUUGGAUUAUGUGACACUGAAUGAUAGAAGGAUUUCUUUUGUCACAGUGUGCCAUGACAAAAAUAAACACACAAGUGAACUGAGCAUGUGAGGGGUGUGUUUCAUGUGAACUGGCCUGCAGCUCUUAGGAAAUGAAGGUUUCCACUGCAAUGCUCCAGCUACUUAGAGGGAAGACAAUACAGCCGCUCUGGUGAUAAGCCCUGCAGGUUUUACACACAGUCCUCCAGCUGUGACCACAUGCUGUCUUUGCAGCUCCUAAUUCAUGAAAACAAGGAAGCUCUCAACCAAACUCCAGCUGGUGUGGGACUGUGACUGAAGAUAUUUACUCAAAUGCUGAACCAAACAGAAGUUUUGUUGAAUUUUUCGUGCUAAAACUUAAACAUUUCUAUUUUGACCAUCCUUUACCUUCACCUUUCUUAAGUUUACUGUUUGUUGAAUUCUCCCAGACUUCUGUAGUCUAUAGUUAACAGAUUUUAAUUUAAAAAUAACAUGAUAUUUUUAAGGACUUGAUCCAUAAACAGUAGAAGAAACCAAGCAUCAGCAGCAACAAAUAGUCUGCUUUGAAACUAAUAACACUAAUGCAAAUCUAAACAUGAACACUAUAAGGGACACACUUAGUUCUUUUUUAAAAUAAUCAAACCUUCUUUAAAUUCUGAAUAUUUUUAACCAAGAAGAAAAUAAAGUACUUCCCCCUCAUUGAACAAGAAAGCAUGUCUUGUGUUGGAUUGUCCAAUCUAAUAACUAAGUCUUCCACACACCAACCAUGGGUGGAAUAGAAAUGCUAGAUUUCUGAAUCCACACAAAGUUUUCAUUCUGAGUUCGACCAACAAAUACAGCCUCUUCUGCUUCUUCAACCCGCCUGCACAACUCAACUAAAGCUUUCUGUGUUUGUGGCAUCCCGAUGUAUAGAAAUCUAUUCAGUAGUUUGGAUCUCUCUCAUACUGGAGACAUUAUUCUCUAUAUAAUAGCUGCAAAUAAGUCCCCACUUGUGAGUCAAACUGCAGAGUUUGAGUUUUGCUCUGUUUUCUCAGACUCCACAGAAUUUCCCCCUUUGAUUUAGAAACCUGCGAAUUCCUCAUCACAUCUCGCAGAUCUUCAGCAAGUGUGAAGUUAAAAGAAUCAGCUGGGCACACAGAUAUAGAGCUUUGAAUGUUAGUCAGUGCUCUCCUACAUCAAAAAAAGUGGUCUCAAAAAUUCAGUUCAGAAAAUAAAAGCUUUUAUCCAGAUCUCCUUGUUGAAUUCCUCACGUGUAAAUUAAGGAGAGGGGGUAGGCUGGGGAGUGAGCCGUCACUGAGAUAAUGGAUCAUUGUCACAGUAUCCUGUAAGUUUUUGUAUGUCAGGCCUAACAGGGAGGCCACCGCUUCCUUUUAUCUGGCCUCAGGGAAGAAUCUGACAGAAAAAAAUGUAGUUUUGGGUGCAGGGAGGGCUGCUAACCUCCUGCUACACUAACUUUAAACUUACAGUUUAUCAGCAGAAUUUUAGGGAGAAUGACUCUUUAAUCAAGAGUGAGUCAAAAAUAAGAAAGACCUAAUCAGAGCAAGAGCAAGGAGGCAACUACAGAUUGUGUCCUUCAUAAUUAACGCAAUGAAAACUUGUGAGUUACCUUUUCCCAGUACUAUAACUUAAGAGUACAAUAUCUUUGCAAUACAAUAUAACUUAAGGAUUGAAGCCCUCUCAAAUUAACCUGUAGCAGAUGAAACAGUUUUUUUCUUUUUGUGAUGAAAUGACAACACUAGGACAGUUUUCAGAGGGAAUAUUAAAGCAUGUCCCAGGAGGUAUUUGACAGCUAAGCUCAUUUUGUCAUACGAAUAUUUUUAGUAACUUUUAAAAAAAAGUCCUGUUUAGAGAAAAUAACAAAAAGAAAGAAACUAAUACUUUUAAACAAGCAGGGCAUGUCCUUCUCAACUAUUUUAUCCAAGAGUGAGGGCGCCCCUCAGUGGUGAGGACAGUAAAGUGCAGUUUGUUUCACUCAUUCCCUCUGACGUUAGUGUGAAAAAUAAACAGAAAUAUCUCAAAACUUCUUUUACAGCUGAAUGACAUACAUCUUCAAAUCAACCACUUCAAUGUAUCCUACUUCUAUAUCGAGCUGUGAGGAACUUUUUUAAGGAUGUAAUUCAAGUUAAAUCUUCUCAAACUGAAGGUUUUAUAUUUUCAUGUGGACUCUGCAUUUUGGCUUUUUUUGUUGCACAAACCUUAUUUAUGCGUGGGAGUGUAGUUAAUGAAGUAGUGUAGUGAAUUCAUAACUUCACCUCCCCAGUGUUGUAUUAUUACAGAGGUUAGAAGAGUUCCCAGACUUUUUAUGUUUAUCCAUCAUUUUUUCUCCUUAUGUAUUUCUUUAUACAGCGAAACUGCAGUUCACAGGUCAGGUUUAAAAGCAACUGGAUGGUUCAUUUUUUCUACAUUGUCUCUCUGUUCUCUUACAACCAUGCUACCAUUUUUGAUGUAGGGGAGAUCGGGGCUUGUCGUCACACUUUUUACACUCCUAUAUAUCUUGGAAUCAAUACAUUAUAUAUAAAGAAAAUGUGUACUAGACGAAAGACCAAAGUCUCAGGUAUAUAUUUCAUAUUCAUGUCAUUUUCAUAUUGUGUCAGUGCAGAGUUAUAAGCAAUCAAAUAGAGAGUGUGAACAUGUGACAUGUUGCCCCACCAUCCGGCAAGUUGUCUCACUACAUGGGGUAAGAUGUCACAGUGUAUUUUGCAGCUGAUAAAACAAGGACAAAAUUAUUGUUGUUCUCAUCAUUGUUUUUUUUUUACCUGAAAGUGAACAUCAAAGUCAGGCACAGAAAACGUUUAUCAUUGAGCUAGAAAAAGUUUUUGAGCAUAGCCAUUAAACAAAUGUUAACAUAAAAUAUUAUGCAACACGCGCUGGAGUUUGGAUGUUGUCUGACUCUGUGUUUUGGCUGGGGUGAACGUUAAUCUUAAUCCCUUUUAAACAUGUGAUAACUAACCCCAAAAUGACUGAGACAUGUUGCCCCAAACUACCAUGUUUGCUAAUUAACUAAUUUGCUGAAAGUUAGCUUAAAUCAGAACAACGACUGAGGUAUAAGAGGAUGCCUUAAACCCUCCUCUAACAAGUCCACAUGUAUCACUGCUAGGAUUUUUAUCUGGAAGAAGCUUAUCUUAAAAUAUAUAAAGUUAAUUUUUUUUAAUUUGGGUUGUGUGAAAUGGUUAAUUGGCGCUCAUCUCAGCUCACAAUGUGCUCUUCUCUUCUCAGACAGGACAUGACCCCUGACCAUAUUAAGGAAUAAAACUAGUAUUUCACUUUUUAGUUGCGCCCUCUGGUGGCAAAGAUAAUUGCAAUGUGACAACUUACCCAUGUGACAACAAGCCCCGAUCUCCUCAAUAUCGUAAUAUCAAACACUUCAUUCAUUCAAACAAUAUUAAAUCCUACUCCUGCAGAGUCUAUUCUGCUGAAUGUUGCUAAGCAAUUCACACUGCACCUUUAAUGUUAUAGUAGCUACACAGUGUAUGCUCCCUCAUCAGUGGGCAUGGAAUUACAUUCUGCAGAUGAGAUGCAACUCUACCUAAAAGCUGUCUCUACUGCCUCUGCAACCACGCCAUCUUCAUCCACUCACUAUCUGCCUGGAGGAGAUAAAGGUGUGGAUGAAUCACAGUUUCCUGCAAUGUUGCAGCUCUAAAACAGAAGCUAUUUCAACUGUCCCAGUCCACUCAUCCCCCAUAACCAUUAUGUAUUUCUCUAGCUAGAACAUUUCACUUUUAAUCACUUUUGUACCACCUCAGAAACUUUGAAACAAUCUGCCCAUCCCUUACUCUCCUGGACAUAAAGAAACUCGUCUGUGCAGUCGUCUACUCCAGGUUGGAUUACUGCAGAGCCUUGAAUGAAAAGUUCCAUUAUGUACCAAACAGUGCAGAUAUGAUUUACACAAGAUAAAAAAUGUUAAAGUUUGUAACUGAGUGUAACAUUAAUAGCUUAACUUAGUAAUCAAAAUAUCUAAUUAACACGAAUCACUAACUAAUACAGUCUUAAGUUUUUUAUAUUCGUUUGCAUUAGUUUGUUCAUGGCAUCAAAACCUCAAAAGUCACAGCACCCACAACCAAAUCUUUACCAAAGCAGGCAUUUGUAGUAAUGGUGUUAUGUAAUGACAUAAAAAAGCUGGUCAUAUGUCAGUGAUUUUUAUUGGAUCAAACAUGAACAUUAUGACAGACAAACUGAGUCAUCCUUGUAGAGAGACAGUACACAGUUUGAUCACUUCUGUGAAAUCAUCAGUCCCAGAACGCAGAAUAAGGAUCCACCCUCCUUCUCUCUACAGGCGGUUACUGUUUCCUUGUGCUUGAGUAAUCUACAUUUCCGGGAGUGUUUUUAGCUCCUGUUCCCUCUCUUCUAUUGAAGCAUGUCAAGUCCUGCAGUGUCAGAUUCUCUUGCUUACUCUUUUAAGAGUCACGCCCUUCUCUCCUGGAGUUGUGCAGUUCUAGUGGAAAUGGUUUGUUGAACACAAAGAGGAAAAAGAACAGAAAUAUGGAAAGAAUUAAAAUAUUAAAGACACCAUACAGUUUUAAAAUAAUAAUAAAAUAAUAGUUUUUAAAGUGUGAUUUGUUUGCGUCUUACCAUCACUAAUUUGUCAUCAAUGAUCUCUGCUGUAAAGUUGUACUUAGGAAACGGCACCGAAAUCUUUCCGUUGUCCAGAGUCACAAGUGCCUUUAAGGACACAGGUCAUAAACUGAGUCUGAUCACAUAAAUGCACUACGAUAACUUGUAAAAAUAUGCUUGAUUUUUUUCCGGAUCUUAUUUUUCUGUGCGUGUCUUUUACUCACCUUGAAUGUGGACCCUGCCAUCGUCGUCAGCUCACAUUCCUGUCCGGCGCUGAACUUAUUGCUCCAGUUCCAGUUGGGAAUGCUUUGUGUCCAGGUGAAGUCGUUCCCAUUCUGAACUACUUCUGUGAUCACCUUGUGGUCCGUCUUGGCACUGAGCAGCCCUGUAAAGGUACAAAUUCCAACCAGAGAAAUAACUGUUAAUGUAUGAAAAGUUAAAUUGAUCUAUCUGUAGCUCAUGACUCAAUAAAAAUGUUGAAUACCAAUGACUUCCAGAAACUCCUCAUAGUUUUCUUGACUCUCCAGCUCAUAUUUCCCACCAAAAGCCAUGAUGGUGGACAAGAAGAGACAAAGUGGGAAAGGAGUUUACUCGACACAUAAAGAAGAGGAGUGUCCUUUCACAGAUACUCUCUCUUUUUCUCCCUCCCCUCACACAUAUACCUCACACAACUCCACAUGUGUGUGGGAAUUGCUGUCAGGUAUUUUUCCAGAGCAAUUCUUUUCACUCCCAAACAUUUCCCUGCUCCUGUAGGUGUCAGUGUUUUUUCUUGCACUUGACAAGUUUGAGCUUGUGAGGUGUAUGCUGCAGUUUAUUUCAACAUCACCAAUAAAAGCUCCAAUGAGGUUUUCUUUUUAAUGUUUAUGAAAUAGACCGAAAUCUGUGCCUGGAGAUGGAUUUGACAGACAAAAAUCCGCUGGAUGAGAGCUUUUGUCAAAAGUCAGAACUCAAGCUAGUUGAGGACAAGAUAAGCAAUAACUACUGUUCAAGAUUGAAACUGUAGAAGGUCUUAUGCUCCCAAUAAAGAGACUCUGGAGACCUAAGGUUAAUUGUCACAUUUUCAUCACUGACACGUCAUACGCACACUCUCUUUUUCGACUUUUAAUCCGACUUUAACCUAACUCCCAGAUGCCACCUUGUGGGCACAUGUGCUAUAACACUGAACAUCUGUACGGAGACAAACUGAAAGUUCCUCACAAGGGCUUUAAACUCAGGUCAUGAAUGUAUUUUCAGCUUUAUGGGGUCUCUCUUAACCAGUACUUCACCACUGAGAAAAUUAUUGUCUCAAUUAUUUGUUAAACUAUCUGUCAGCCGCUGUUGGUUCUUGUUCCGGCCGCUCCUGUUUAUAUACUGUAGUCUUCUUGCUUGGAAAGGAUCCUGACGAGAGGAAUGACUCAAUUAUGACUGGAGCCUGUUGAAUUCUUCAAAUAAUAAGGAGAGGAGCUUCAUUGCUUCUUUUAUUCCCUUAUCACCUCUUUACAAAGGAUACUCUGAGCUAUCCUUGACAAGAGGUGAGAGGAAAAUAUAUGACUGUACAUGAUGAAAAGUGAUGGAGAAAAGAGAGUGGAAAGGGGCCAACAUGUUGAACAUUCACCUGUGAGAUCUUCCAUUUUCCUUCUUUGAUUUCAACCUGAAUUUUAUAAACUCACUUAUCAUUUAAGCAGUACUCGUAUCCUUACAUUUACAUGACACAAAUUACUGCAGUUAUUUCAACCACAAAAAAGACCAAACAUUAUUUCUGCUGUAUUGUUGAUGUUAAUGAUGCUACAGAUGAAACAUAACAGUUUGCCUGUCAUAAUUGAAAUAAAUGAAGAUUUGUUCAUGUUGGAGAUAACCGGCCAAUGAUACUCGGUUGCGUAUUAAAGGGAUAUUCCGGUGUAAAAUUAAUUUAGGGUUGAACACACCAUAACACCGAGCUAGACACCCCCUCGAGAGAUGAAUGUUGCCGACCGCUUGCUUCUCUUGUUAUACCAGCUUUGGUUAUGACCGCACCAUAGCAAUACACAGCAGUCUGAGGAGCCAUAAACAAACCUCAACCAAAACGCCACUCUAUAGCCACAAAUAAUGCUCAGAACAGCACCUAACUUCAUCAACAGAACAUAUAGGGGUGUCUAAUUUGGUGUUACUGAGUGUUUGACCCUAAAUUAAUUUUACGCCGGAAUAUCCCUUUAAUGCCAACCUCUGUCCAGGGCAACCCCUGCCCAAGAAGAUAAAUGUGAGUUACACCUGGAAAUGGGCACUUGUUGUGAUGGGGAUCCUAUGUAAUCUGCCAUUGCAAGUCCAGCACUGUAUUACUCUACCUGUGACCAUAAUAAAAGGUUUAUCAGAGACCUGAAGAUUUCUCUGGUUGUUCUUGAGCAGUCAACUAAAGAACCAAUUCUUACAGAUUUAUCUGCAACACUGGAGUAUUUUAUUUACAGUCCAGGGCACUUUACAUGUAAUCUAUAAGCUCAUAGUAAGACAGAGCCACUGUAAACAACAAUAAUAUAUACAUCUGAAGACACCAGAUAUAAUACAGUACAUUAGAGGAGCCUGUCAUAUGCUUGUUUUAAGAAAAACAUGUACAAUAAAAAAUUUUUCUCUGUCAUUACAGUGAAAAACAGAAUUAAAUGAAGUUAUAUUUGGAGAUAUUAAACCUGGACGUCAAGUCAUCAUUUUUUUAUGUGUUUAUGUGGCUGAAAUUACUGAACACUGAUAUAUUACUGUGUAAAAAAAAUACAGUUUGAACGUAUGUGAGCUUCAGGAAAUAUCAUUACAUUUUUGUUAAUUCUACAUUAAUGAUUUUGUGUUUUCUUAAAAUUUCCGCUUAAUAUUGCAUAAAUACGUGCCAUAGUGCAGGAAAUAAAGUGAUACAUGCUCAAAAUUUGUGCCUUUAUACUGUUUUUUGAACUGUGCUCCUGGUGUCAGACCACCCACUGUCCUCAGCUGUAACAAAAAUAUAUUUCACCAGCCCACAGUUAUUUUUGACAGGCUAGAACAGGGGCUGUCAAAUUACUCCUAAGAUCACAGGGUACUGAGCAGAGACAGUGAAGUAAAAAACAACAACAAAUGGUCUUCAAAUACUGCUUAAGGAAGGCAGACCUUUGCUUACUCACCACUUUCUGCUUGUACAAGCCUCAUAGUUUACCAGAGGUGCCCUUUUUAUUUUUUUCACCCCUGCCCACCAAAUAGGCUUAGUGCGCCCCUGCAUGCAGCCAC